UGAAUGAAUUCACUGAUGAAAUAGUGAGAUGUCCGAAAAAGAAGUGCAUUAUGAUGUAAAACUUAAGCAAACAAUAAAUUUGCCCUCGAUAGAUGAUAACACGAGAAAGGGAAAUAGAAGUGUUCGUUCUGUGCUAUAUAUAUAAGUGCAAACAAUUCAGUCGCACUGCUCUUUAACAUGUUCAGUUGAAAUGUUGGUGCAGAUCGAGUAAUGAUCAUUGACACUAAAAUUAUGCACUAGGUUUCCAAGGCAGCGUGACCUGAGAGAAGAGUGGGCCCUAGCAGUGUGCCGCUCACCUGCGUGGGCACCAUCACAUUGGAGCGUUGUUUGCUCGGAGCACUUCAGCGACGGUGAUUUUGCGAGCGGUACCAAAGGCCACGGUCACUUGAUGGCUAAUGCAGUACCAUCGCUCGCGGGCCCCACCAAGAUGCUUGCAAAGGACGAUGCUACAGCAAUGAGGCAACCUUCAAGUGCACCAGCUUCAUCCACGGGAAUAUCACAGCAUCAAGAUGAGCCAGCAGGUCUCUCUGAAGUGACAAUAGCCAUGGACAUCUCCGAGGGCUUGUCAGAUGUGCUAGCAGAGGGUGCUGCUACAACUGCUAGCUCGUCCUUCGCUGAUUCAGACAUUGCUGAUGAGCCUUCCGAAAUCCAACAUGUCCUGGUAUGUUUGAUUGUGGUAAUGACCACAGGGCUUGCUUUUUUCAUGCGUAUGCCUUGGUUCAUUCAUGCUGUGCUCUGCUUUCAAAAAUCUGGUGUUUCCCUGUAAUAUAUAUUUUGGAUUUCACCUUUAAAGUAACUAUUGCAGUUUAAAAAAAUGCAUGAGACUUUGUCACACAGUUUUUUGUAAGAUGUUUUCGACCAAUUUUCAGAUAUCUAAUACUAGUAAUGCUCUGAAUGAAUAGAAAGAUAGAACUGAUUAACCUAUCAUCAGCUACAUUACAGCCCUUUUUUGACACAGGUGACAAGCAUACUGCACGAGUUGUGUGUUCAAAUUUCGUUGUAAACACUGGCAAAAGCAAGUGCUAAUGAAUGAAAGCCAUAUGUGCUACAUCAUAACCUCGA